AUGAAGCUUCAGCCCUUGGCAGGCUCUUUGUUGAGAUCCGUGAUAUCAAGGAGGAAUUGGAGAGCAUGCAAUCUUUCCUACAAGGAGCCGAGAGAUUCAAAGAUACUGACAACAACACUGCCAACUUUAUCAAGAAGAUUCGUGGCCUUGCUUUCGAUCGAUGAGUUCAUCUACAAGAUGGAGGACAAGCAUGGUAGUUUUGCUGCAAAGAUGAAGCGCUGGAUUAAUCGUAUUUGGACAUGGCGACGUCUCACGUCCAAAUUGCAAGAGAUCAAACUAAAACUAGAGAACGUUGAUAAGAGAAAUGUUCGAUAUGACAUGAGAGGAAUUGCUAGAGAAGAUGGAAGCAGUGAUGCUCCUUGUAGAUCUACCGACCAGAUUUCUUACUUCCCCAAAGAGGAACAUCUUGUGGACAUUGAUGAAAACAAGGAGUUGUUGAUAUGA